AUGAAGGUCAUUCUCAUCGUUUUUGCGGUAGCCGCAGCUGUUCACGGACUGGAUUCUAAGUGGAAAUAUGGGGACCCCAUCGGACCACUGAUCCCACCAUCGUUGCUCCAUCACUUAGAAUCAGAGCGCCACCGGGAGCAGCACGAAAAUCGAGAGCACCACGAGCAUGCAUCGGUUCCGGAUUUUUCAAGAAGUCACCACCUGGAACUCCACGAAAAACGUGAACAAGUUGAAGAAAAGCCUGAAGCAGUUAAGAACCACGAAGAAAGGCACCACGAGCACCAUCGCGAAAAGCGAGGCGUUUUUGAUAUAGAAGAAGAGCCGCUUGAAACUCAUGAAGGAAAACACCACAACGAACAUCACGAAAGAAAGCAUAUUGAAGAGAAAGAAGAAGCGGGUAAAUUCCACGAAGGUGAGCUGACGAGUUAUAUCCUAAGAUAA